AUGCUUUCAUGUCGACCUGAAAUAGCCCUAUCGAAAGUCUAUUUCUUCUGGACCUCCUGCUCCAACGAUACAUCAACGAUGCGAUUUUCCCUCUUCAUCGUCACAGCCGCUACGCUUACCUUUGCCUCCCCAAAGGCGACUCCUAUUAUUGAAAAGCGGUGUCUCGAUUCUUCAGACCUUGUAGAGUGUUGUCAAGAACUCGGUCCCACCAACACCACCCUCCUUGCAGCUCAGGAAAUCGAUGUUCCUGUUGAUACCUCCCGUAUGGUCGGGUACAACUGCUCCCUUCCCACUACCGAAAUCGCCGGUCAGGCAUCGCAAUGCAGCGAUUUGAACGUUAACCAGAUGUGCUGCAGCCAUCAGGUAUUUUACACCAGUGAUGGGACAUACACCGCAGUGAACUGCACAAAGGCUGUGUACUAA